CCUUUAUUAUUUUCUUUUCUGCGCCAUUUUCACCAGUUCAGUGAAUAUGGCUAUGGCUCAUCACUUGACACGAGCAUUUCUUCUUGCUGUGCUUGUGAUCUCCGCCACCGCGGUGGUGGUCGGAGCUGCCAAGGUGCACCAUGUUGCAGGAGGAGACCGCGGAUGGGACCCAUACUCCCACCUCUCUGCCUGGUCGUCAGCAAGAACCUUCAGAGUCGGCGACGAAAUCUCGAUCCCGGACUCCACAGCAGAGGGGGCAAUUGCGGAGGUGAAAAGCAAGGAAGAAUAUGAGUCUUGCGAUGCGAGUAACCCCAUCAGGAUGUACACGGACGGUCUACAAGCGAUCCCGCUGGAGAGGGAAGGGAUCAGGUACUUCCUCAGCACUGAGUCACACAAUUGCAACAAUGGCCUGAAGCUCCACGUAGAGGUUCAGCCCAUGAUGAUGGCUUCUGGUGAAAGUGAAGCCCUUGCUGCUGCAGAUUUUGAAGAGGCUGAAGGUCCCGUAGUUCCUUCUGCUUCGCCUCAUCAUGAUAAAGUCUCUUCAUUUUCUGUUCUCAUUCUCAUGUUUUGCGUCUCCACGGUGAUGUUUGUGUGUGGCUAAGCACCAUAUUUGAUUGUUUGUACUAUCUAAGAAUCCAAGACUCUUAGACUAGUUAUGUCGUUCUCGGAUCUGAUAUGUUAAUGCUUGUAUUGUGGACUUUUGUGGGGAUUUGGAUAUGUCCUACGCCAUGUGACUGUGAUUUGUGAAAUUAGUAAGGUUGCUGGUUAUGUUUCUAUUAGUAUCAAAACUGCCAUACUGAUUAAUGGCAUUGUAGCUCUAUAUAGAAUAAAAGCUACUAGAAGGUGAUCCACCUGAAUCGUAUUCUUCUCA